UGCAGACGUUGUCGUGUGACUCAAGAGGAACUACAAACAAAUAUGGACGUGUUGUGCCGACAUCAGACUCGAAACAUUUCAACUUUAUUGUUAUAAAUGAAAUGUUAAGAAUUUCAGAAGACGAAAGAGCGGCGAUAAGGAGACUGGAAAGAUCAGUGUAAAAACGUUUAUAGAAAGCGGGGUUGUGUUCAUGUUUAUUUCGUGUUUAGUGUACAAGGUUAAGUUACGGUCGCGUCUAAAAAUUUAAUACACUUUUAAUAAAACAAAUACAAUCUAGACGAUACAUUACAGAAAUAUUCUAGUUUUGUUUUUGUUUUAAUACGGAUAAGUAUCGAACAUACGAAAACAGAUUAAAUUACUACUGAACAUUAUUCUCUUUAAAACUGUGUGUUUACGUACAUUUUUGUAGUAAAACUUACAGAUUUACAGUCAAAAGCACGUCAGCCUGUCCGUCAAUUCAUCCAGUACUUGUUUCCCGGCCCGUUCGAGUUCAGUCCAAGCAGUAAAAUGGGUCUUGAGGUCGGAGAGGUCUCGGUUCGACUGGACGGGCUGCUGCUUCGUUUCAUGGACCAAAUGGAAAAUCUUCAAGAGAAAAGAAUCAUGCUCAAUUCUCUCAUCGAGGCUGGCUGGUUCUCGAUGUCCAAAGCGCGCUAUGCCAUGGGGAACAAGUGCGUUUCUUCUCUGCAGUACGGCCACGAGAUGGCGCCACUCGUCCGCCUUCACACAAGGGCUUUGGAGAAAGGGGAGGUGCAGUUCAGAACGGAACGGAUGGAGCCCAAACCAGUGGAGAAUUCCAAAGAGGAGCCGAAACAGGUUGAAGAGAUCGGGCCAAAGGAGGAAGUAGGUGUAAGAAGGCGAAAGACAGUCAAUAAAAAGACAGACCAGGAGGACCCUUUGGAGCCCAAAGAUGUGCCUGACACCAAAGAGAAGACUGAGCCAGACAGGAUGGUCAAGGGACAGAUUUCCUCUCAGGACCCGUUGAAGUGGUUUGGCAUUUUGGUGCCACAGAGUUUAAAACAGGCUCAGUCCAGCUUCAAACAAGUUAUUGAACUGGCAGCUGAGAUCGCAGCUCUCCAGACCCAGAUAGAAGCUACAAGGGAAGAAUUCAGGACCCAGCUGAAGAGCAAACAGCAGCUUCUGCAGGGGAGAGAAUCUUAAGAGGCAAAACAAAAAGGAGACCUUGCUUCCACUGCCUGUCCCCAGACUAUUAUUUCUCCCUACACCCCCCUCUUGCCCCCCUCCACCACUGGAACUACAGCCUCUCCCUGACCAUCCAAAAAGAUUUGAUCAUUAUGUCUGUGUCCUGGGCAAGGAGGGCUUCACUUCAGGGAGACGCUGCUGGGAAGUGGAAUUGGGGGAGAGGAUAAGCUGGAGACUGGGAGUCACCAGAGAGUCAUCUCAGAGGAAGGGGUAUUUCAGUGUGAACCCCCAGCAGGGUUUCUGGACCAUGCUACGGGAUGAUGAAAUAAUUCUGUUCAGUUCUUCCACUGGUACAGAGACCCCCCUCCUGAGCCCCAAACCCCAGAAGGUGGGGAUGUGUCUGGAUUAUGAGGGAGGGCAGCUCUCCUUUUACAAUGUGGAGACCCAAUCUCACAUCUACACUUUCACUGAGAAACUCUAUCCAUUGAUUUCUCCUGGUUACUCUGAUGGUAAGAUGUACCCAUCAUCUGCUCGCAUACACAGAUUAAAUUCACCAAUCCUUUUAUUUUAAAUUGUUGUCUCCAUUUCUGAUUGAAAGGAAAAAAAUAAGUCACAGAAAGAUAAAUAACUGAAGAUUCAGUUCUACUGGUUUGAACGUGUGUACUUUUUCUAUAAAUAAAAAAAGUGGUAUUUAAGACUGACUUGCAUGCAUAAGUAAUAUUGUGCUGCUAAAACCCUUGCUAUCAUCUUAGUUACUUGAUACAAAUUAUGUAUUUGUUUCUCACUGUAGCCUUUGUC